CAUCUGCCUUCCUGACUGACGCCCUCGAACAGUGUCGAAGGAGGUUGCACCUUGCAAGGACACCCGUCGCGUGUCACACAGCCUUUUAUACAUUUAGUCUUUGUCGCCUUCUGCUGGACAUUUGUGGUACCUGCACAGCAACCGUCGCCAAGGAAGUGCGUCCUGACCUGUUGAAUUAUGGCUACAGCGUACACAAACCGACAGAGAUGAGUAAUGUCGAGCCUCCAGCAGGAGAGAGAAGCUCUCGUUAAGGAGCAAAAGGUGAACAGAGAGCGAGUUCGCAAAUGUGUGCAGGAGACCAAUCGCAGACGCAGGGAUCUGAGAGAGAAACAGAGACUCUGGGUUAUUCAGGAGCAACGCCGACGCGAAGAAGUGCUCCAACAGCGCCACAAGAAGAUCCAAGAUGUCACUGAACACUUCCAGAGGGCUUACGUUCACCCUUCUCAGAGGCCUGCCCUCCCCGAGCGGCUAACCUUAGUAAGAGACAAUCCAAAUUUGGAAGAUGCUCUCAGUCAAAUCCGAGGCCCAAAGAUAGCAUCUACCAUUAACAGUACAACGAGCGGCAAUCUGCCUUCCAAACUCCCUGUUACAUUGUCAGAAUCACCUGCUCGCCACACACCGGUUGGGUUGCAAUCAUUUAUGGGACGACGAGAGAACAGCCCUGUUGUCAAGAGGUGGCAAGAGCUUACGAAAAGUCAAGAGAAGCCACCGGAUCACAGUGGGCAGGACGAUAAUGUGUCCGACAGCCUGUCCAGUCAGGACAGUCUGGAGAACGAGGAACCCACUAAAACCGCUGUCUUGCACUACUCGGAAAAGCCCCUCCAAGACUUAAAAUGCCCCAACGACGUUGGUCCUCUGCCGUCGGUGCCUAUGCCGACCUUUGUCGCAGUGAAGCCGCACCUCCACAGAUUACCCGCGGACCUCAACUACAACCUGCCCACCCAGAAGGAAACCUGCGCCACCAUGAACAACCUCAACAAGUUGUCAGCGGACAUCAGCACGUGUAAGCACGUCAACACGGAGAGUCCAAAGAUCCCCCACCAUCUAGAAUCCGGCGAGUCAAAGUCCUCAUCGCCAGCACCCUGCAAGGUCCAAUUCAUGAAAGGCAUCCUUAAAACUCUGCCUGGUGAAACGCCGUCGGAAUCCCCACAAUUUCUUAACAAUGCCGUCAAACCUGUUCAGUUUCUUGUGUGCGACAGCAUUGAAUUAGCCAAAGCCAGAACCAAAUCUGCCGACUUCAAGAACGCUUCUAAGAAGCUACGCUGGUUCGAUGAGGAGGCGGGGGAAGGCAGGGACAUACGUUCACAGUCCUUGGCGGAUAUUAGUGCUCCGGUAUCCCAAGAUCUACGAGGGGAUUACUUGGCCAGAGUCGGGGCAGGUCUGGUUUCCAUGGGUGUUGUUUCCCAAUCGCCGAUCCCGGUGGCCAGAGUCCGGGGGGAGGUGCAGAAACAGGGGAGCCACGUGAGAAGCUCUUAUGUCGGGGACCAGGCUCGUGUAGGCCAUCAGCUUGCCCCUCCACUUACCGACGACGCUCCACACAAGGACACUUCACGGCUUAUAACGGGCGACAGUGGCGUCACACACGCACGCUCUAUUCCGUCAUUAGGGCGACCCACACCUGAGAGCAGCUGGAAAGGCUCGCCCGCUUUCAGCAAUCCGCCGACACCGGGGGACGGUGGCAGAGCAAGAGGGUGUUCGCAAUUGGAAAAGGUUUUAAACCGCACCCCCACAGACGACGAGAUAUAUCAGCUGUGCCGGGACGUCAGCAACGCCUUCAUCGGGAUUGGUGGACAACGUGUUGAUGCUUCAAUAGUCAAAGCCGGCACUCCCCGCUCUCAGUCUUUGGUAAGCGGGCGCUCUGGGAACAAAACUGGUGCAGAUCAGAACCGACGACCUUCUUGUCCUAUCAAUAAAAAAAAACCUGAAGUAUUGAAGAUUGCAAGUGUCAAGCCAGGUAAUCCAGUAGGCACAUCCCCCAAAGGGUUUUGCACCAAUAACCCAAACAAAGCUGUCAAAUCUGCCGGCCAACGCCGCCUGCCCGACACGUACGCUCACAGUCCACUGGACGACCGGCUUGUCAAACCGCACAGGUCGUCGUCUCAGCCGCACCAGUACCAGCGCCGACCCCCGGCGCCCACAUCCAUCUCCAUUGAGGAGCAGAAAAUCUUUCAGUCUUUGGACCGACUUAACUGCCAGCUGCACCGCAAAGGUGGUUUGCAUUGACAAGUGCCUGGACUGAAGGCAUUGAUCGUCCGAGCAAGAUGGACUGCUAUACAUAGCACUUUGCUUCCAGGUGAAACUGCUUCCGCUACCAUGAAACCAAGAGUGCCUUAUGGAAGAAAAUGAAGAGCCAGGAGCGCAAUCAUAAGAAGAAUUACACAUCUGAAUUUAUCACUAGUUGUAGACACUUGAGCUAUCACUCAGUGGAAGUUUUUUUUGCAUGGAUUUACACUGCAAGUGGUCCUAGAUGGGCACUUUUUACUGUCCUUUAACCCAUUAGCUGUCAUUGAUGUAGCUAGACAUUCAAUUUUUGAUGUCUAGCGCAUUCAAUGGCAACCAAUUUGUCAAUAUAAAUACUGUACAGAAAUGAAUUCAAAGAAAUGAGCCAAGCAACCAACCAAUAAUUGAAUUUUUACUUUAACCUACCUGUUUAAAUCCAGUUUAUACUGUAUGGCAUUGUGGCCUUUGACACUAGCUACCUCUGACAAUCUUGCUUUCACAUGCUAUAGUCACUGAAUUUUCUAAAUAUAUGACAACAUCUAGUUUCAGGACUCCCACUUAACUCAUUGGCUGCCAAUGAUAGUGACAGACGAGCCAGAGUUGUUCUUAAAUUUAGUUGUUUUUAUAAUGACAUAUUAGCACUUAAAACACUCAAACUAAGGCUUGGUUCAUACUGCAGGUCUAAACGCACAAAUCGAUUUUUUUGUGUGUUUUUACGACUCGAGUCAGGCAUUAACUUGACAGUCUGAAUGGAACAGGUCGCAUAAAAGUGGACCAUUUCAAAUCCGAUCUAGGUCACUUUUGAAUGUGGUUAAAAUCCGAUCUGGGCCACAUUUCUCCAGAACAUGGCUGCGUCUGAACUGUCAAGUCCCCCUAAUCUGAAUUCAUGCAGCAAUUACGUCAUCAAACAGCUAGGUGCUAAUGCGUUAGCACCUAGCUUGAAUGCGGCUUUUAGGGAAGAGGCGAGUCAAAAGAACAGAUAUGACAAAAAAAUCGGAAUUGUGCAUUAAGACCUGCGGUAUAAACCUAUCCAAAGGGAACACAGCAACACCUUCCAAAUGCAAUAGUGGCUUAAACGUUUUAACAAAUUCACUGGCUAGAAUUGACAGUGAAGACAUAAAAUGCUGUUUUAAACUCAUUCAUUGCUAUGGAGCCCUGAAAGGGACAUCGACAGUAAUAAAACAAAUUUAAACCAUCUGGUUUGCACUAGAUAGUAUGUGGUGCGGACCAGAAACAAUCUGGUGUAAUGGUCACAAUGUGCAAGUAAUGCUGUAGUAUCUUUAUAGUUGAGUCCAAGAUUGAAGUAAAGCUCAACUAAAUCCUGUAUUAAUCAUUUUUAGCACAACAAAACUGCUGGUGUCAGUUGCACGCCUGCAGUUUGUGGCCUAUAAAAGGGAACUUUGUGGUGUGCACCAAUAGUUUUCUGGUGCGCAUCGGAUAGUUUCUAAUGCGCACCACAUACAAUUUAGUGGUACUCACCAAAUAGUUUUCUA